UACCCCCUCUCAGACCUUUAUCUUAUUCACAUCCCAAAAUCUUUAAACAAAUAAAAUCUCUCAACUUCACCUCCCAAGAUUUAAACAACCAAGAAAUGUUUGUCCCUUUACAAAAAACACUAGUGUUGCUAAUUGUGCUCAUUUUCUCUACUACCACAAAUGCAACUUCAAGUGAAACCAAGAACUCAAUUCAUGAAAUCUUCAAUGUGAAAGAAACCAUUGCCCAAUAUUUAGAUACAAAAAUCCAAACCCCAUAUGAAGAACAAGAAGACUUUCAUCAUGUUGAUGAUGAAAAUGUAGAAGAACAAGGAAACUGGAAGCUCAAGCUCAUUCAUAGAGACAAACUACACUUUUCCAGUUUCACUUAUAAUAAUAGCAAAGUUUUUGAGGGUCGAAUGGAAAGAGAUUUGAAAAGGGUGUCUAGUCUCAUUAAAAGAAUAAGUGGUAGUGACGUGUACCGGGUCAAUGAAUUCGGGUCGGAUAUAGUUUCGGGUAUGGACCAAGGAAGUGGAGAAUAUUUUGUUAGGAUUGGUGUAGGUAGUCCAGCUAGGAACCAAUAUGUGGUCCUUGAUUCUGGUAGUGAUAUUGUUUGGGUACAAUGCCAGCCUUGUACAAAGUGUUAUAGCCAAUCCGACCCGGUAUUCGACCCGUCUCUUUCCGUGUCGUUUACCGGGGUGCCUUGCGGGUCGUCGGUUUGUGACCGGGUAGAGAAUUCGGGUUGUCAUGCGGGUCGGUGCAAGUAUGAAGUCAUGUAUGGUGAUGGUUCAUAUACUAAAGGUACAAUGGCUAUUGAGACUUUAACAUUUGGCCACACUAUGGUUAAAAAUGUGGCUAUUGGGUGUGGACAUAGUAAUAGUGGCAUGUUUACUGCAGCUGCUGGCUUAUUGGGCCUUGGUGGUGGGUCCAUGUCACUUGUGGGCCAACUUGGUGGGCAAACGGGUGGGGCAUUUAGUUAUUGUUUGGUGAGCCGGGGCACCGGGUCGAAUGGGUCGCUCGAGUUCGGUCGCGGGGUAUUACCCGUCGGUGCGGCAUGGGUCCCGCUUAUUCGAAAUCCACUGACCCCGAGUUUUUACUAUAUCGGGUUAUCGGGUCUUGGAAUAGGAGGUGUCCGAGUACCAAUAUCAGAAGACGUGUUUAAGAUAACCGAGCUCGGAGACGGUGGAGUGGUUAUGGAUACAGGGACGGCCGUGACACGAUUGCCCUCUGAGGCGUACGUGGCAUUUCGUGACGCGUUUGUAGCUGAAACCGCGAGCCUUCCUCGGGCACCAGCCGUCUCGAUAUUCGACACGUGUUAUGACCUAGACGGGUUCGUGAUGGUUCGGGUACCGACCGUUUCGUUCUUCCUUUCGGGUGGUCAAAUUUUUACCCUUCCAGCUAGGAACUUUCUAAUUCCAGUGAAUGACAAGGGUACAUUCUGUUUUGCAUUUGCUCCAUCACCAUCAGGGCUUUCUAUAAUAGGAAAUAUCCAACAAGAAGGCAUCCAAAUUUCUUUUGAUGGAGCAAAUGGUUUUGUGGGAUUUGGUCCCAAUAUUUGCUAGCUUAUAAUUAAAUUAUGUAAAGCGAAUGUUCUUGAUUUUUUUUUUUUUUUUUUUGAGAGAAAGCGAUGUAAUUCUACAACAAGUGGAGUGAAAUUUUGUCAGUAUAUUGUUAUAUAGUUUUAGUUGUUUUAGAAUGCUAUGAUUGAAGGUAUGAAGUAAAGAAUGUGGUUCUAUUGCUA